UCGAAUCAAAGAUGGCGGGCGCCUCCGACCCUCUGGAAGAUAUGCUCUUCUCCGAGGUGGACGAAAAAGCUGUUAGUGACCUAGUGGGCUCACUGGAGUCGCAGCUUGUCGGCCAGAGCAACCCAGCAGCCUCCCAUACUGAAACUAGCAGCGCUGGGUCUACAGGCGCUGCCAAUCACCACUUAGGAAGAAUACAACCUGCCCAAGUGGGCACUGUACUAGAUCAGCAACAACAACAAGGACAGCAUGAAGCUGGACUAAAUCAAGAGCCUAUCUCUAAAGAAAUUAGCCCCGAGAAAACUAUGAUACCGUCUUCACUUAGCUCAGUUCCGCCCUUCGAAGAAGCCUCCAUCACUUCUGGGACCCGGGUAAACGCCAGUAGCGGCUUGCAAUCACAUGGAGCAUGUAACAUCACAACACUGUCUGCAUCUGGUCUGGUAACUUUGCCACAUCCGAUGGUCAGCAUCAGCCCUGCCAACAGAGGUACUGUUUUGGGUUCAGGUAGGGCAGCAACUGUAACGAUAGAGACUGAUCCUCAAAAAAAUCACAUCACUUCAACCAUACGGACUCCUUCCGCAGGAAUACAGAGUUUGAACGGGAGCGAUGGAGCGGUGACGUUAGUCAACUGUCCUACAAAUACCACAGUUCCUACUGCUGUUGGGGGUUUCCAAGCUGGAUCUGGAACUUUACCUAUGGUUAAUAAUGUUAACACUGCUGCUGUUAGCAGUGCCGGUGCAGUUAAUGCUAGUCUGACUGUGGCAUCGAGUACAAACGCGACCACGUUUAACAUAGCCCCUACUGAUUUUUCUGCAUCACACUCCGCGAUUAAUCUGGAUGGGCGAGGGACUCCUACUAUUGCCCUGCAAAGACUACCGAGUCACAUCAUGGCUAGCAUUGCACAGAAUGGAAAUGGCACUACAGUGUCGGCACUGGUCCAGCAAGGCGCACGGAUAAAUCCCCCGGCAGCUUCUGCAGCGCCGCUGGUCAACCACAGCACGAGCGCAGGUGCCAGUAAUCCGAAAUCAGACUCUCCCGUACAGUCAAAAAUAAUUGUGCCGAGCCAGGCUAGCGUUGUCACUUCGGUAACAAAUCCCGUCAGCUCUUCAGCAGCCCCUGUUGCUAACCCCCCGUCGGGUCAGCAGCAGAGUUCUGUUGCCAGUUCGUUGCCUGUAGCCAGCAGUCCCGCGCCUCUCACGGCCAUAGCCAAACCGCCUGCCACGUUGGGACAACAGGCGACCACCACUGUCGGCAUAGUAAGGCCCGGGACCCCUUCUCCGGCACCCGUCGUAGCAACCUCUACUCAGCCCCAGCAACUUCGCUCUGGAUUGGGGGCGCCUCAGAGAAUUGUUGCGCCUCAACUGCUUGUCAGACCCCCACAGCAGCAGACCACCAUACAGUUGCCUCCCGGAUUUACCAUCCCACAGGGCAUGGUGCUGGUGCGCACAGAGAUGGGGCAGCUGGUGAUGGUCCCCCAGCAGGCGCUGGCCCAGGCCCAGGCCCAGGCCCAGGCCCAGAAUAGCAUCUCCCCUCGACCUGCCACCUCCACCACGACGACCACCUUCAGAAUGACCACCACUCAGAAGGCGCCAGUGACUGGGGGCCUAGCAGCCAUGGCGGUGGCUGUGACCACGUCGCAGCAACAACAGCAGCAGCCACCGCCAGUGGUGAUGGCAGGGGGACAGAGUGCGCCCCAGGCCCAGCCUCAGCCCACCCCACAGCCCGCCCUGCCCCCACAGAGUGCUGUACCCGCAGCGUCCGUCGUCUCCCAGGAGAUGCAAGAAAAUGUGAAGAAAUGCAAGAACUUCCUAGCCACCCUGAUCAAGCUCGCCUCCCACAACUCGCCCUCCCCAGAAACUUCCCGAAAUGUGAAGGCAUUGGUCCAGGACCUGCUGGAUGCCAAGAUUGAACCAGAGGAGUUCACCAAUCGGCUGCAGUCAGAGCUGAAGUCAUCCCCCCAGCCCUACCUGGUCCCCUUUCUCAAGAAAAGCCUUCCUGCCCUGAGGCUGUCUCUGCUCAACAGCCAGCAGUCUCUAACACAGCCCCUCCAGCAGGCCAAGCUGGGCUUAGCAGCACCUCCAGCUGCCACCGGCACCCUGCCCGUCACACCCGCUGUGCGGCCACGUCACCCCAACAGCGUCAGCACCACAGUGGCUGGUGUCCUCCCUGGGGUGGCCCACAGCCAUGUGGCUGUCCCGGGCAUCAAGAGGACAGGUGUUCAGGGCGGCCAGGUUCGAAUGCCUAUGGUGAUCACACAAACUGUCCGAGGCGUAGUUGGGAAGGGACCAUCAAUACAAGCAAGCAGGAGUCCCAUGGGCUUUGCUGUACAGGUCUCCGCAAAUCAGAAAAACAAGCUCAAUGACCCUGGAGGCGGAUCUUUCAGGGAUGAUGAUGAUAUUAAUGACGUGGCGUCCAUGGCUGGGGUGAAUCUGAAUGAGGAGAGUGCUCGCAUCCUGGCCACCAACUCUGACCUUGUGGGCACGCAGAUCCGCUCCUGCAGGGAUGAGGCCUUCCUGCCAACGGGCGUACUCCACAAACGCAUCCUGGAAACAGCAAAGAAGUUUGGCGUCACCGAGGUCCCGAUGGAAGCUGUCAACUUGAUCUCCCACGCAACGCAAACAAGGUUACGAACAGUGCUCGAGAAAGUGUCCACAAUCGCACAGCACAGAAUGGAAACGUGUAAAGAUGACGAAUGGUAUGAGCAGUCUACAGAUGUGCGGUCACAACUCAAGUUCUUUGAGCAGCUGGAGAGGAUGGAGAAGCAGAGGAAGGACGAGCAGGAGAGAGAGAUCCUGCUGAAAGCGGCGAAAAGUCGCUCCAGGCAGGAGGACCCAGAGCAAGCUCGGCUGAAACAGAAAGCCAAGGAGAUGCAGCAGCAGGAGCUUGCACAGAUGAGACAACGAGAUGCUAACCUAACCGCGCUGGCUGCCAUCGGACCGCGGAAGAAACGCAAGCUGGAUUGGCCCGGGGCCACACCGUCAGGGACUGAGGUUUCAGGGACGUCUGCGGGCUCACCGGUGGGCACCAUGGCACCCUUGGCCACCUCACGCCAGUACCCCCGGCACCGUAUCACGCGCGUCAACCUCAGGGAUUUCAUCUUCUACAUGGAGCAGGACCGCGAGACGGCACGCUCCCUACUGCUCUACCGCGCCCUGCUCAAGUAGCGCUUCCCACAGCGUCUCUCCGGCAACGUGCCUUCUUCUCACUGUCUCUUCCGUGACCUUUAAGGCAAAAAAGAAAAAGAAAAAAACAAAAGAAUGAAAAACAAAACAAAAAUAGAUUGUGUCUUGUCACUGUUUCGGCUCCAUAAAAAAUGCAUCCCUGUAAUGCUACAUUCAGGAUGUCAAAGAAGGCCAUGUAUAAUCAGGGUUAAAGUCUGGGUAUAAAUUUACAAAGGAAUUGUGUCUUUUUAGGCAUUUUUGUUUGAUAGGACUUGCACACAUUAACUGGGUUACUGGUUAUUUUCUACCAUUGUGAUUGGUGGAAUGAUUUAAACAUCUCAAAGUGAAGGAGAACUUAAGUAUAUAAUUUUUUAUGCAUCAUACUCCAGAUCCUAUAAGAGCCUGCAUUAUUAAUGUGGGAUAGGCAGAAGUAUCAUCAUCUGAAGGUUAUUUAGCCAGUCUUUCAGCUUAUAUCUGUGCAUCUUUUAGAACAGGAAGCUGUUUAGCAUAACACAGACACUGAGUACACUUAAAUGUAAAUAGUUGAUUUAAAAAAUGGUUUUG